UUGGACAACACCUGGUGUGGAAGUAGCAGCAAACAAAAUGAAAUCGGUCGAAAAUAUUGGAUAAGUCGGAAAACUUGUAAACUGCGAAUAAUUCAUUGGAGGUGGUAUUUCUUGUUAGAAACUAAGAAUAUGCUGACUGGAAGUUGUUAAGCAGAUCAUAUAAACAUACAAUUAUUUUUAAACCGAAAUAAUAUUCUUAUAUUACGAAUAUGAACAAAAUGAUUGUUGCUAGAAGUGAAAAUAGAAAGUGAUCAAAGUGAAGGAAAAGUACGGAUGAGAGAAUGUUGAACAAACAUACACAUGUAUUUGUUGGCCUACAAGGGAACGUUCAAGGCAAUGGCUUUAAAAGUUCACAUUUGGACAAAAUAAACAAAGUUUAUUAAAGACAGCGAAUAAAAAAUCAAUAAAGAGAAGGUGUCAAUACAUGCGUAAAAGUUCUAAUUUAUAAACGCGACUAAAUAAGGGGGAUUACUAAACUAUACUCCAGAACGAAAUGAAGCGUCCUGUAUAAAUGCACAGUGGGUCGAAAAUGAAUCCGUCAAUAAUACAAACGACAGAAAAGUAGAGUACACAAUUUGUACCCUUUGUUAUAUAACAACGAUUGCAGCAAUAUGGUCCAAUUGGAUCAAGAGAAGAGCACACAGUGUGUAGUGCAUGAUCUUACGCCCGGUUCAGAGCAGAAGAAAAUAAAUAUUGUAGUGCGCUCGCAGUCCACCAUUGAGAAGGUGUUUCGUAAUAUAAGUACGCAGUAUCCCUACGAGGCAUAUGAUUUAGUGCUGCAGCCAAAGGAUAAGGAAAAUCCACUGAUUCAUUUGAAUGUGCGUCAGUCAGAGCUUCUUUUCAGCAUACCCGGCUUUGUACCACAGGAAAAAAAUAUUCUUGUUUUACUGCCCUCUGGAGUUUGGGAUGGAAAUAUUAAAAAACGCUUUGAUUUUGCUAAAACAGUGACCAAAAAGAAAUGCGUUUCAAAGUCAACAAAAAUGUCUACAACGAAGACGCCCACAGCUAAUGCUACUGCACACGAUUCUGCUCCAACCGAACUUAAAGUUAGUACGCCAGCAACUAUUACAAAUGGUGUUGAUUCCAUCUCCACUUUUAACAGCACAAUGAACGGUGAUAAGGAAUUUAGAGUGGACAACGCUAGCCACGAUCAAGAACAUACUGAUGUCAUGGCCAAUAACAAUCACAAUGAGAGCUUAUUAAAAAAUAAUGUGGUGAGCAAAUUGGAUGAUGAUGCUGUUUCAUCAACCAUAGCCGAGAAGACAUCACCUAUGCAUACAGCGACUGCCAUAGCUAAUACAAGAACCACUAACACCACCUCGAAUGUACACUCAUUGAAAUUGAGUCCUCUUUCCGAUCCAGAGCUUUUAUCUGACGAUGAUUUGGCGCUUGGUGCAUCUGCUAGUCCCACCGAGACAGAACCUUUUGGGGGUGAUGGCUUGCUUAAACUCCGCAGCACAUCACCACGAAGCCCUAAAUUCGGUCCACUUACUGAAAGUGAAAUGUACCAGCAGAUGACACUUGAACGUGAUUUCAUACGGUUAGACAGAAAGCUACAACCGACAUCUGCUUCUGCGUCUACCAUCACAACAACUGCAUCUGCCGCGACCACCAUGUCGACAAUGAGUACGGGUGGAGCAAAUGGAUAUGUGGGUUUGGUGAAUCAAGCCAUGACAUGUUACUUGAACAGCCUGCUUCAAGCACUCUUCAUGACGCCAGAAUUUCGCAAUGCACUCUAUCGUUGGGAGUUCGAUAACGACAACGAAGCCAAAAAUAUUCCUUAUCAGCUCCAGAAACUUUUUCUCAAUUUGCAGACCUCAAAGAAAUCUGCUGUAGAAACGACAGACCUGACGCGCAGUUUUGGAUGGGACUCAACUGAAGCAUGGCAGCAGCAUGACAUACAAGAAUUGUGCCGAGUUAUGUUUGAUGCGCUAGAACAUAAAUUCAAGAAUACCAAACAAAUAAAUCUAAUCGCGAGCUUGUAUGAGGGAAAAAUGAUCGAUUAUGUGAAGUGUCUGGAGUGUAAUACGGAGAAAACACGCGCCGACACCUUUCUCGAUAUACCGCUUCCAGUUCGUCCAUUUGGCAGCACUGUCGCCUAUGGAAGCAUCGAAGAAGCGUUGCGUGCUUUCGUUCAACCAGAAACUCUUGAUGGCAAUAAUCAAUAUUUUUGUGAAAAAUGCAAUAAAAAAUGUGAUGCUCACAAAGGUUUGAAGUUUAAAAACUUUCCUUACAUACUGACUCUUCAUCUGAAACGCUUUGACUUUGACUACCAAACCAUGCAUCGCAUAAAAUUGAAUGACAAAGUCACUUUCCCGCAAACACUGAAUUUGAAUAGCUUCAUCAAUCCUGCCGAUCAGGAAAGCCAAGCACGUGGCACUUCCAUAGCCGCCAAUGUGGGCACCUCUGUUGGUAACGCUACACCCAGUGGGUUUUUGCCGAAUAGUGCAAUUGCCGCUAAUGACGAUUGCAGCACUACUGACAGUGGCUCUGCCAUGGAGGAAGAUUUGUGUUGCAGUGGCACUGCUACUGCCAGUUCUAGCCAGCAUGAAAAUGAUAUGAAUGAUGAUGAUGAAGGCAUAGAUAUGAGCACCAGUACAGAUCACCGUAUUACCAGUAGCAAUGCCAGCGUUGAACAGCGUAUAAAACAUAAUACCGGGCCAUAUUUGUACGAGUUAUUCGCUAUAAUGAUACAUUCGGGUAGUGCUUCAGGCGGUCACUAUUACGCUUAUAUAAAGGAAUUCGACAACAAUGAAUGGUACUGCUUCAAUGAUCAGACUGUAUCACCGAUCACCGAGGAAGAUAUAGAGAAGUCAUUUGGUGGUGGCUCCAGUCGCGCGUAUUACUCAAGCGUUUAUAGUUCAAGCACAAAUGCAUAUAUGUUAAUGUACCGCCAAAUAGAUCCACAACGCAACGAACAUGCGACUAAAGCGACCGACUUCCCCGAGCAUAUCAACCAUUUGCUGCCGCAACUCCACCAGGAGGAAGAAACACGAGUUACGCGCAGCUCUGGUCGUCACGGAGUUGUCGUCUCAGAUUUGUCCGUUCAGGAAUUAGUGAAGCCGCGCGUCAAUUUCUAUAACCCUGAAUUGAAAAAGAUGAAAUCAACGCGGGUUUAUGUAAGUAACUUUAAUGUGAACUCGGUCUUGGAGUCGGCCUAUCAAAUGUUGAAUGUGGAGAAAUUUGCACCACUGUCACGUUGUCGCCUCGUUGUUUACGAUGAUAUGGGAGAACAGAUUUGCCAAUCUUUGGAACAUAUCAGCGAUCCAUCACUGACCGAGUUACGUCGACAAAUGGAUGGGGCAUUGGAAUUUUUGAUAGAAACAAAACAAGAAGGACAGGACUUUGAGAUUUACAAACCAGGCGGCGUCACUUGGAAUGUAUAUAUAGUGAAUGUGUGGAAGAUGCAACUUGAUGGCCCUCAUCUUGUAUACGCGCCUACAAGAGACGCAAACUCGGCACUGUUGCACUCGAUCGCAGUUCGCCUUAAUUUGAAUGAAAAUCAAUUGUUAUUAGCCACAGUGAAGACUGACGCUUUUGUUGCGCUGGAUUCUGCGCCACCAAAUAGUGAUUCACUGGAGGGUAUGCAACACCAAGUUAUAACACAGGAAGACUUGCAGGAAAUCGCACAAGAACAAUUUAGGGGCUUAACAUAUGUUUACCUUAAUGUGCCCAAUACGGAUCCAAGCACGUUGGAAAUCUUAGGCAUACCCGCUCUAGAGACGCCCACAAUUGAGAUCAACACUGAUGUUGUGGAUGCAGUGCAAAUGAACUCAAAUGCGAUGCACACCAUUAAUUCCUCCAUUGGUGAAAACACGUCAAACCUUUCGCAAAAGAACUGUCAGUCCUCCGGCAACUCACGCGAAUCACCUCUCCUUCCCGCUACUUCUACGUUGACAGGCCAGGAAUCUAACUCUGAAGACAGCAGUUUAAGUGACGGCGAUCGCACACUUGUCGAAUCGAUGAACAAUCGUUGCGGUGGUGACAGUCAAAUUUCAUCCACCAGUAAUUCACCUUAUCUGUCCAGCCCUGAGGAUGAUGCGUACAAUAAAGCCAAUUCGCUGAAACGCAUUCACGACCUCUUCCAAAUGGCACCCGAUCGCACAAUGGAGAAUGCUUCGCAGUCACGCAACAAUAAUACGCCACAAUUCUUCUAUGCGGAAAAAAUCAAUGCGGUUGACCCCAGCACAAUCUCAUCAAGUAUCCACAGCAGUAGCGCAAACGAUCCAAACGAGGAGUUGGCACGCAAGCCGACACACUCGUAUAAAAUCAUAGUAGAUCCGCACAUGAAGAUGUCAACGUUUACGCGGCAUGUUGAAUCUCUGAUUGGUAUUUCGUCGAACUAUUUUAAGUUACAACACAAAUACGAAGUCAUCGAUCUAAUGUCCACAGUGCUCUUCGUAAGUAUGGGCGAAACGUUGAGCAUUGAGCUGGGGAAAAAACUGCAACCGGAUGAACACAAAGCGAAGAUCUCAUUUAUGCGCCUGUCAGAACUAGACAAUGAUACUGGUAAGUUGCCCUGUAUUUGUGAAUGGGUCUAUAAAGCCAGCAUGACGGUUGGCGAGGCAAAAAAAGAACUAAUAGCGAAGUUGCAUCGCAUUGAUGCAAAAUACAAAACGCUUCUUUUGAAUAAUUGCCGCCUGUGGCUGAAAGGUGGGCGCAAUCCUAUUAAAAUCAUGAGCGACGACGAAACAUUAGGGACUGAUCUGCGCUCAUCGGUGGCAGCGGAGUUCCUCGUUCAAGAGUGUGAGGAUGGUGUAAAUCCACAAGUUGGCGAAGACAGUCUUACCAUUUUUGUAAGGCGUUGGUAUGCGGAUAAGUUGCAAUUGGAUAAAUUCCAGGAAAUCACACUAGAAAAAAAUAAUGAAAUAAGAGAGGAGUUGGCCAAAAUCACCGACAUCCGACAAGAGCAUAUAGCCUACAGUAAGAUAAAUGGUUCUUUCCCGUGCACAAACAUUUCUUUGUUGAGUAUCAACAGCACGCUUAGUUGGUUCUCGAUACCAGCAACAUUGGACAAAUAUCCACUAACCACAACAGUUAAUGGAAAUGUCUACUUUUACAAAGAUGUUACCAAAGCACCCAAAGAACCGACUACCGAAGAGAGGCGCGAACUGAGCGCCCGCGAGAAGCUGCGUCUUGAUCGUUUAGGCUGCAUGUCAACGUCACUAUAUUCACCGCGACGCGAGCGUGCUCUUAAAAUAUAUCUUGAUUCGCCACAAUCCAACAACAACAGUAGUACAACGACGACGUCUUCAUCUGCGUCGACAGUAAUAGGGGCGCCAGCAACACAGUCGGCGGAAGAUUAACAAAUAGACGAAAUUAAAUACUAAUAAUAACAACUACAUUUUCUUGGCAAAUGCUCGUACAAGUUGUGAUCUGUUUUGUUGUUGUAGUUUGUCAGUUAUUUUGGUCGGGGGGUUGUUUGACCACGUGUGCGAGAUUGGAGGACAAAGUGUUUACGAGUGCCAAGGAUGGGUAUUAUUAUUGAGUAAUCUAUUGACUGAUUCAAAAAACUACCGACAAAUGAAUGAUCACCAUCACCAUUGUUGGCGUUUAAGAAAAAGUGAUACCGCAAUUUUCUUCGAGUCUUUCUGCAAUUAAAAAUGUUUAUUCAUUAUUUUCAUCAACAAAUAAAAAAUAAGAAAAACUGAAAUUAUAUAAUAAACAGUCUUAAAACAAGCUUAAUGCACUAUUAAA